UUUCAAAUGGUGAAAGGCCUCAAUGGCGCUGCCAUGCUAAAACGGGCUUUUGGCAUUAGAGUCCUCUAUCUCUAUGGUUUCACUCUUGACAGGAUGCUUUCGUGAUAAGCGGGAGGAGGAGGGAUUUACCACGUACCACCGCCUGUGUGCCGCUCUAAAAUGUCCGUCUGGAAACCAGCUCCUUCCAUGUAAUCGCUCAUUCGUCCAAGCAGAGCCAGCGGGUGAUCGUGGCACUGGCGGAGUGGAGCAAGCGACUGCUGUAUGUACAUUAAUAUUUCAAACGCGACAUUGUCACCUGAGGAUUGUAGCAAAUACUCCGCAACGAAUGUCUCCAUCUUUACGAGGAAACUGAUGCUAGCUAGACAUAAUCGUUGGUUUCGCUAUCGUUGUAUAUCGUGCCGUUUCUUACUACAAGAGUGCCUCACCAUCGCCACCUCUUGACCAUGCUGAGUGUGUGUACAGUCCUGGUGGUGGCUGCUGCAGCCCUCUCCUCUGCAGACUCCGACACGCACAGACACGACUCCAACUUGGAGAUCUACAAGCGUCUGUUUGAGACCAAGAGGAAAGACCAACUAAACGCUCUGAAGAACCUGGUGGAGCUCAAUGACAUCAACCAGCAGUAUAAGAUCAUAGACAUCAUGCUGAAGGGACUGUUUAAGGUGUUGGAGGACUCGAGGGACAUCCUUAUUGCAGCCAACAUGCAGGCUGAUGAUCCCUUCCCCAUGGAUGACAAACUCAAAGAAGCCUACUCCCAUGUGGUGGAGAACACAGCGUUCUUUGGGGACGUGGCGUUGCGUUUCCCACGUAUUGUCCACCACUACUACGACCGUAACCCUGACUGGGGUGGCCUUCUGCGAUGGGGGCUACGCUUCUGCAACCUUACUGGGGUGUUCACCGGGGGAGCACACCAGCAUGUUCUUUCACUGAUGUCGCAGGAGUUGGGAAUAAUAGAGAAAUCCCCAGACUUCACCAACCCAUAUCGCACUGAGAGAGACGACGUUCUUCACACUGCAGAGGCUUUUCAGAAGAUCCUGAGGGAGGAGGAGAAGAGGAGGAGGAAAGAGGACAAGAGGAAAGAGAUUAGGAAGGGGCCCCGCAUCUCCCGCUCCCGUGCUGAGCUAUAGUACUCUACCUCAACUCUUGGAGAGAAAUGAAGAGGAGAGGAGACGGAACAUGUAGGGGGAUGUCCUGAGUCCUAGAUUCAGUGAUGAAGAGGUUUGGUCUUGGAACCGGUGAGUUCUGUCAAAGGGAUAGAGGAAAGAGGGAACUAGAACUGUUUAUAUGUGGCACAGGAACAAAUUGGAGAGAAGGAAAGGAGGAUGAGCUGUAUCUGUGGAAUCAGACUUACUGUAUACAUAACUGUGCCCAACCUGCAGUUAUGAAACAAAGAAAAUACAGCUAGCACCAUGUUGAAGAUUUAAUAAGGAAAGCUCAUUUUCAUAACUUGAUUACAUAACUGUACUUUGGAAGAAACAGCAAAUACCCAAUAUGUUAUCUUUUUGUGAAUAGAUUUAAUACAAUUCACUACCAUGCAAAAACCAUGCAAUUGUUUUGAUGAUGGUACUAUAUGGUCUUAGGCAAAUUCAAAUGUGUCCUCACCAUACUACAGCAUUUGUAGAUAUGAGUUGUUUACAUUCCCAUUCAACAAGCUUUAAUAUAUAAAGCUUGAAUAUGUUGAAUUUUGUUUUGUGUUAGUUCAAGUUUUCCUGUCGCCUUCUCCGGAGUUAGCAGAUUUAUAUGAUGAGAUUUUAUGAGGUUGUUGUUGAAUGGUCCAUUAUGUCUGCCACUUGCUUUCCUAGAGCCUAAUGCUUUCUUAGCUUUGUCUGUGUGUGACUGUCUGCACGAGUGUUAAAUGGUUUGGUCACUUUUGUUAUGAUUUUAAAUCAAAUUAUUUUACAUAUUAUUUUGUCUACAAUUAGGGAGGGAUAAUGUCUUAGAGCUGUGUCUUUUGGCAACCACUCAUCAGCUUCAACUUCUAUAUCAUGUCACAUUUGUUUCUGUCCAUCUGAUGGCCAAAAUUAAAUGUCAGAAUGGCCAUGUUAGAACAGCAGUCACCAAGAACAAUGCCUUUAAAAAAACAUAUAUAUUUUGGCAUAUCUAGGGAAGAUCUCAAUUCCAUACUCGUCCUGUCUCCUCAAAAUCCAUUAAACAUUUACAUUUACGUCAUUUAGCAGACGCUCUUAUCCAACCAGAAAUCCCUCUUCUCUGACCUUCUCCUCCAAUGGGUUUUGAGAAAGGGAGGAUGCGAGGAGUAUGCAAUUGAGAUCUUCCCCUAGUGUUUUAGGAAAUUAGCUCAUUUUAAUGCAAAUAAGUUAUAUUCAAAAUACAAAGGUGAUGACUGAUUAUGAUUUGCUAGAGUUUUGUAAAUGCAAAUGUUAUUUAUAUAUGUUCAGAGUGGUGGAGGCGGGUGGGAGGAGCGGGCUCAUUUUAAUGGCUGGAAUGGCGUUAAUGGAACGGAGUUUACAUAUGUUUGAUUCCAUUCCAGCCAUUACAAUGAGUCUGUCCUCCUAUAGCUCCUCCCACAGCCUCCUCUGGUUCAGAUAAAGCAUCUCAUUGCUGAGAAUUUACUAUCUUAAGUAGAUUUGUCAUACUUUUAAGUUUAAUAAAAUGAAAUUACUAUGAAUCAUACUUGUAAUUUUGAAUCAUUACAAAUAAAUCACUCAGUCCA